UGACACAGCUUCAGAGACAGCAGACCGAGGCUGGGAGUCAGGCCAGUAACACCGACUUUUCGGGACAGAGAACUGGCAUACCAACAAAACCCAGCAGAGAAUUUUCUGUUGUUGGAGGAGUGCAAAGACUUUGAAAUAUUUGAUUCAUUUACUGGUAUCCUUGGAAACAGUCCACCCUUAACAUCUCACUGGGAGCAGUGGGACACAUAUUGUGAGGAUCUGACCAAGUACACAAAGCUAACUAGUUUUGAAAUAUGGGGAACAAAAGAGGUGGAUUAUCUUCGUCUUGAUGACUUUUCAAGUCCCUAUCAGGUUGAAGAAGUUAUCAGUAAAACCCCCACGCUUGCUCAGCUAAACAGUGAGGAGCUUUGUGAAGACCUAUUUGAAAGAGUCCCCAUUACCUGUACAAAAGGCUUUGAGUGGUGCUGAAAUGAACAUGGAUGAAAAUGAUCAGGUGAUCAUAGUGGGUGGAGCCACUCGUGUACCUAAAGUUCAAGAAUGGCUUCUUAAAGCAGUGGGCAAGGAGGAGUUGGGAAAGAACAUACAUGCAGAUGAAGCAGCAGCUAUGGAGGCUGUAUAUCAAGCAGCUGCUCUUAGCAAGGCAUUCAAAGUUAAGCCAUUUGUAGUUCGAGAUGCAGCCAAGGAAAAUACUUGUUUUUGUGGUGCUGUAGCCAAAAAGCAGGAAAGGACAAUUGAAGAGCCCUCCAUAGGCCGAAGAAGCUGUGCCAUUUUGCCUUUCAUAGAGACUCAAAAGCUUUUCUGUCCUCCGCAGAAUGUGGCCACAAUUGGAGGUGUGAGAAGCCCAGCCAUGGAAGCGGACUAUUACAGCCCCGAACACUCAGUUGACGGUGGUGCAACCCCAGUUCAAGAUGAGCGUGACUCUGAUGAUGAGGGAAAUAACAGACAACAUGGAUCAGAUGUUGAAAGUCCAGUGCAUCGAUAUGAGAAUGACAACAGCGAGGAUGACAUGAAAGGAGGAGGCAGCGGAUCUGAGAAUGAAGCAAAUGAUUCAGAAGAUGAUGAACCUAGGGAGCGAACAUCCAGCGAUGUAGAAAAUGGUAGUAAUAAUCGUAAAAUGCUAGUGACUCUGAAAAUGAAGAUGCUCAAAAGCACAUUGCCAGUAAUUCGGAUGAUGAGCCAACCAGACAAAAAGGCAGUGGUGAUGAUGAUACACCUGUGAAAGGAGGAGCCAGUGACGCAGAGGAAGAAGAAGAAGACAAUGAAGAUGAUAAACAUGAUAUCAGUGAUACCUUCUCAGAGCCAGGUUAUGAAAAUGAUUCUGUUGAAAAUUUGAAAGAAAUAACUGCCGUGUCAUCGAGGAAAAGAGGAAAGCGAAGGUAUUUAUCGGAAUAUAGCGAGCAAUUAAUGCCUUCUCAACAUGAAGCGAUGCUGUGACCGUCUGAAUGGGACAGAGACACGCUUCCCAGUAAUAUGUACCAGAAGAAUGGUCUGCAUCACGGCAAGUACACUGUUAAGAAAUCUCGCAGGACAGAUGUGGAAGACCUGACUCCAAAUCCAAGAAAACUUCUGCAGAUUGGUGGUGAACUGCGUAAACUGAAUAAAGUAAUCAGUGACCUAACACCUGUAUCGGAGCUUCCUGUCACUGCCAGGCCGCGAUCUCGUAAGGAGAAAAACAAGCUGGCUUCCAGAGCUUGCCGUCAAAAAAAGAAAGCCCAGUAUGAAGCCAAUAAAGUGAAGCUGUGGGGCCUGAAUACUGAAUA